AGCACAGAGCACAGCAGCAGCUCAGCUCACUUAUUUUUUCAUUGAUUUUUCAAAGUCUCUUGUCUGUUGUGUGUUGUGUCUGUGUAGAGUGUAGUUUGAAGUCUCGUGUGUACAAAUUCCGAAAACAAUAAUUGGCGUAAUAAAUACAUGUUUACAUAAAACUUACAAUUUUAAACGUGAUAUAUCCAUGUGAUAGUAAGCCAUGGCGCCAUUUGGAUCCAAUCCAAAGAAACUGAAUGAAAAAUAUAGAGGAAACUAUUUCGAGAAUAACAAUGAAUUCCAUGCUGGAACUAUUUUGUCGCACCUCUCAAGGUUGAAUCUCAAAACAUCAAACAGAUUGAAUGGCUCAAAUAUUCCCAAUGUGCCUUUUCUAAAUGUGGAGAUUUUGGAUUUGUCAAACCAAGGCAUCUCAACACUGCCAACAAGUUUCAGGAUGCUUCGCAAACUGAAAUUCCUGAAUUUGUCUGGAAAUAAGUUUGAGAGACUGCCAAGCUGUCUCUUAGAAGGGCUAGACUCGCUUGAACAUUUCGAUUUGUCUAGGAAUGUUCUGAGAGAAUUCAACGUUCCUAAAAAUGCUAGUUUCUAUGCACUGAAACAAUUAGAUCUGCAGGAUAACAGGUUAAUAUCAGUUCCAGAAUGGCUGAUGGCGUGGAAUUGUUCGCCGCUUGCAGUCUUGAAUCUGUCGAAUAAUCCAUGCUUGAGCAACAUCAUUGGCACAUGUUUAUAUGAGAAAUUCCAUCUGGUCUCUAUUAUGAAAAGAUCAGUUGCGAGAACCGUGAAGCAAUUGUCUCUGUCCAAUUGCGGACUCACGAUUAGCAACAGCCUCCUGCUGAUGGCUUUUGAGUCUGUUGAGGAAUUGAAUCUUAGUAACCGAUGGGACUGUACGUACGGUACAUACAAUUAUCUUCCAAAGUUCCCUUGUGGAUCUAUGAUGAGAAUGGAAAGACUGACUGCUCUUAAUAUAGGUAAUGUUCAACUUACAAGUCUGGAAUGCUCAAUUUCAAGAUUCUCCAAUCUUCGUGUGUUAGAUGCUAGAAGCAAUGACCUCUACUGGAUACCCGAGAGCUUCUGCGAACUAACUAGUCUUGAAAUUUGUGAUUUCUCAAACAAUCGAAUUUUUGAACUUCCCAAGAAUAUUGAAAAACUGCGGUGCCUUCGUGUAUUAAUUCUGGCUUGCAACAAGAUGUCUUAUGUACCUGAUAAUUUACAUAAACUUGAAAAUUUUGAAGUAUUCGAUUUAUAUAUGAACGAACUGUACGAUCCACCAUCACAAUUGGCCGAAUUGAAUUUAACUGGCUUGGACUUGGAGCGCAAUUUCUUCGAUACCAGAUCGAUGAAGUUGAAAAAUAUUUGUUACGCUAGUUUGAGGGAGGAUUAUAGAGAAAAAUACGGCCUUCCAAGAAGAAAUGGCAAGAACAUCAAGCAACGCUAUUACUCUUCGAGCUCUUCUACAUCAGGUUCCUCAUCAUCGCCUCAUAAUCAAUCAUUUGAAAGUGAUGAAAUACAUAAUGAGACGGUGACGUUGACCGGCCAUGAACCACAAGAAGACUGGGGAUGCGGGGGUGAAUAUCACGAUGAAAUCUUUUCGGAUGAAUUUGAUGCAGAUUUGCUUUGCCCUGCUAUGAGACGCGAUCUGGUGUGGCGUCGUAGGCCGAGGAUUAAGAACCCGAAGAAGCAUUUGCAGACUCAAAUGUUCGCCACCAUGAGGUGCUACAACAAACAUGAUAAUAUUAUGAGAGCGGACAUACCAGAAACCCGUACCAGUUGCACCAUGUCGUGUGAUUUCAUCACGGAUGACUUUGGCGAGUUCAUCCCUCUUGGCGGACAUCCUCACAUCAUAAUCUUCGAUGAAGAAGCAAGGAGAGCGCUCCUCACUCCCCCCCUAGUGGGACAGUUCGAUGAUGCUCACGAAGAUUGAUUCGGAAUCAUCAAAACUUCACCUAUGCCAUUAUCAUAGUAUUCUAAUAAUUCGAAAAUAUCAUUCUGUGCAAAUUCAGAGAUCGUGGUGGCAACCUACUGCAAUGGUAAGCCAUACUAUACUUUGUUUUUUAUGUAUAUUCUAUGAUAUUCUUCUAUAAAAGUAUGGUCUUUGUUAUUAUUGUGUAGUCUUAAUAAGAUAAGUUGAGACUUGGCCCUCCAUCCGAUCAAAUAACAGCAUGGCUAAAUUUUGCAAAAAUUGUGGUUUUCUCGAAUUUCCAAUUUAACCACAGAAUUGUUUCUAGAAUAUCAUCCCCGAUAUUCUAGUUGUGAUGAAACAGUUUUAGAAGGAUAAAGGAAAUUUAAUAUUUGUGAUAGAAUUUAAAAAAUCGUGUCGUAAUGUGUGAGAAUUUUAUAUAAAAAUAUUUAUGACUCUUCCCGUUAUUUUGAUUUAAAAAUCUUAUUUAUUACAACAUUCCAUAAACUUCUGAGAGAAGUGAAAUUAAAAAAAGGAACACAUUUUCGCAAUUUAAAAUACCCUUCAACCCUGAAAUUUUUUCAGUGAUAUCGGAAUAUCGAUGAUGGUAUCCUACAUACAAUUUUGUGUUUAAAUUGGAAAUUCGAGAAAGUUGCAAUUCUACACAAUUUGGCAACGCUGUUAUUUCAUCGGGUGGAAGGUCAUGUCUCAACUUAUUUUAUUCAGACUAUGUAAGCUGUAUUUUCUGUUGUAAAAGACUAAUAUAGAGUGUAAGGGAUGGAUUCUAUCAUCGUAUUCCUCACUCAGGGAUUAAUUGUAGUUUCUCAAUACACCAAUAAGAGUCUUUCAAAUGAGUGUCUUAGUGGUUUGUAUGUGGCACUUUUAUAAGAUUCGAAUGUUGUCUUGUUUUUUUUGUAGUUUUUAAUGCUACACUAGAUAGUUGAGAAUAUUCGAUAUAUUUUAAUCAUUUUAAGAAAUGUGUAAUUAGUAGUGAACUACCAGUUUGAAGUACAUAUUUUUUAAUGAAUAUUACACCAAAAAGUUGAAAAGUACUUUUAAAUUAAUUGGUUUUGUGUUCAUUAGUACGAGUAUAUUGAUAGUAAUAACAAGCGGUUAAUUUUAAUGUUUUAAUUUUUUAUGUGAAAAUAAUUUUAAAUUAGAUAGUAAUAACAACCGAUUAAUUUUAAUGUUUAAAUAUUGUGAAAAUAAUUUUAAAUUAGAUAAUAUUAAGUUUAUUGUACGCUGUUCUCUUAUAUCGUAUGAUAAUAAGAAUGAUUCUUGGUUAUACAGAGUGUUUCUGGAAUAGACCAUCAAAAUUUGUGAGUAGUUUCCUUUCUUGAAAAUGGAGAUAAAAGCGCUUGUAAACAUGAGCCUUGGAAUGCAUUGUUACCGAGAUAAUGUUGGCGGGAGAUUGCAUAGAUAGAUGUAUUUCUCGAUCCAUGAAACAUCUAUAGAUGCAUAAGAUCUUAUUUCUGUAAAUCUCUUAUUUCAUGCGGCAUUAUUAGGGUGUAAAAAUCUAUCCUCAUGUGAAAUUAGCUGAAAAAUCGAAUAACACCAAUUAGAAAUACGGUAUGUAACAUAUAUGAUUGUUGAGAUAAUGGGAAAAAUUUGCCAAGAAAACGUAAUUUUCUAUUUUAAAAUGUAUAUAAAUAGGAUACUUAUUGUUCAUCGUUAUUUUUAAUCGAAUAAAAUUGUAGAUAAUUAAGAUCUGAAGAAAAAAUUCAGUUAGGCUACUUUUUUGUCUAAAACGCACAUAAAUGUCACAAUUAUUCUGGUAUUUUAUUGAUCAAGACAGAGAUUAUUUCGAAUGUGCUAUUUUUGUCUGUUUGAAUGAGGUUUGGGUGCGCUUAAGACAAAAAAAGGAUCAAAAAAUUUUUUAAUAAUAAAAUUGAAAUAUAGUACCCAUUAAAAUCAACAAAAUAAUAAAAAAAUAAUACAAAUUGUAACAUUUAUUAAAUUUUAUCAAUUUUAAAGGGUACUAUAAUUCUAUUUUAUAAAUACGAGAAAGUAGCCCUGAAUUCAUACAUUUUUUAUUGAAUAUAUAUAUUUUUUUAAAUUCAAUAAUUAUUUAUAAUACCGUUAAAAAAUAGGUAUUCUAUCCCUUUUAAACUAGAAAAUUACGGUAUUUUGCAUAUCUUUCCCAUUAUGUCGGGAAUCAUUGAAGUCUCGUACUUCUAAUUGGGUUUAUUGAAUUUCUCAUUCAAGAUUUAAUAAGAAUUAAUUGUUCGAAUGAGUCUGCUAAAUAUUACAUUUAUAAAAUUGAAAAUUUUAAUAAAAUGUGCAAUCUUUCGCAAUAAUAAUUUCGGUAAUAAAACAUUUUGGAGCUCAUUUUUUCUGGAAUUUUACUUUAUUUUAAUGCCAGGAAACCACUUGAGAAUUUUGUUGGUCCAUUUUUGAAACACUCUGUAGUUCCCAGUGAUAUAUUGAUGUAUCCACCAAAUAUUGUCCAGUAUUGAAAAACUGCUUAAUAUUUUGAUUGAAUAGUAAAAUAACUUAGAAGUAGAGUAGCAAUUAAUGCUUAUAGAAUUAAUGUGAUAGUAAACGGUACAAAUUUUUGUGUCAAAAUCAUCAGGAAAAGAAAACCAUCAGAAAAUAUGUUUCGUUUUCUUGCUGGAGUUUGCCCUGUAAAAUUUGUGUCUGUAAUGUAGGAAAUACCCUACUUACACAUAAGACAAAAAAUUAGUACAGAGCAUUUUGUGCUAGGCACAGCUUUAUUUUUUGAAACUGGAGUUUUAAAAUUGAAGUUUAUGAAACGGGCACUAGGCCUAUUUUACAUUUUUUUUGCUAGAGUUUAUUUCGAGAAAAUUAUGUCUGUAAUGUAGGAAAUACUGCUUACACAUAUGGCAUAAAUUAAAUACAAAUCAUUAGUGCUAUGCAAGGCUUUAAAACUGUAGUUCUAAAGUUGAUGUUUAUGAAAUAGGCAUUAUUUUACGUUUUUUUGCUAGGGUUUGUUUCGUGAAUUUCUGUAAUGUAGGAAAUUCUCUGCUAACACAUAAAAUAUAAAUUCAGUAAGAUGCAUUAUGUGUUGUGCUGUGCAUAAAUUUUUUAGAGUGGAGUUUCGAACUAGAUGUUCCUGUAACAGGCUCCUGUUCUCAAUUGAAAAUUGGCACAUUCUGGUGCAUUUUAUCUUGGUGCAUCGUCGGAAGUUGAGAUUCAAGUACAGUAUUAUAGGUGUGAUAUUGGGGAGUGAAUUUUAAUUUGUGUAACUUUUUUGUAGAUUAGAAUCAACUAGUUUUGCUCUCUGAUAUGUUUUGUUGAUGUGGGUGGAUCCUGGAGGAUGUGGUGUUUUAAUUUGUUUUGAUUUAACGGAAAAAGGAAAUUGGAAAUAUUUUUAUAAAAUAGUAGCCUAUUAUUGAAGGAGUAAAAACGAUCAUCCCGUAUUGAUUGUGAAUAGACGAAUUUCAAGUAAACUAUUACAAUAUUUAGUCUUUUUUCUUUAGGGCUACUUUUAAUAUAAAUAUAAUAUAAAUCUUAGUUCUAUUUUAAAAUAAAAUAAUUUAAAAGAGCACUAAUAUUUAUAGUUUAUUUAUACAAUAUUUAGGUAUUCGUCGUUUUAGUCUUUGUUGUGUCAGCCAAACUCCUCACUAUCAUAUUAUAUUUACAUUAAUAUUCCUCUUUUCAUCAUCCACAAUCAAAAAUGCGAAUUCCCUUUAAUCUAUAUAUGGCUCCUAAGCUUUCCGUCUUUUUAUAUUUUCUAUACUUUUUUAUUAACUCAAAAAAACAAUUCAAUUCUUAUACAAUUUAAAAAUUCAACAAAAUCUUCAAAAAUAGUUGACGAGCUUUAUAAAAAAUCCAGAUUUCCAUGAAUAUUUAAUUUAAAAAAUGAUUUUAGCAAAAUUAAUAAUCUGGUGUUUGUAAAAACCCCCUAUUUAGAAGUUUUAUUUUUAUUUACAUAAUAAUUUCAGUGCUGUUUUACUUUAUUAUAAUUUCUUGGAUGCUGUAUUUUGUAAUAAUCUUGAAGAUUGAUGUUUUUUAUCUAAUUAUAAGAGAUGUUAUCAUCGAUUGAUGGAUGCUUAUCUAACAUUAUUCAAAAAUAUUUUUUCUAGUAUGUUGGUAUUAUUGUUUGAUUGAUUAUUAUCUCGUAUUAUUCGAAGAUAAUAUUACUUUAUAACUUUUCGAAGUUUGCUUCUAUUUAAAAGCUCUCCAAUUAUUUUAUAUCAUACACAUGAAGAGGAAGAAGCUAUGCAAACUAAGAUUGCUAUAUCAGUUAAUCUGAGGUAUACUUUAAACAUUGUUUCACAUUAAUAUCUUCACUUUAUGGCUCUUGUAGAAUUUAUGUUUCAGUCCAUUAAUUCUUGAUUUGGUGCAAUUAAAUCUCAAGUUCCUUACAUUAAUCUACCAUUAGUUAUAUUCUCAUCAAAACUAAUAUAAUCCAAGAGUGCCUGUUUAUUAUUCUUUAUUUUUCCUUGGAUUAAUUAAUCUACCAUUAAUUAUAUUUUCAUCAAAACUAAUACAAUCCAAGAGUGCCUGUCCGGAUUAGGUAUCCUAGUAUUAUGGUAUACUAAAGCACGCUUCACACAGGGACAAUAGUUGCUUAUACUAAAUGCCGCAGGAUUGGAAAUACAUAUUUGAAUUAUGGAUAUUCCCAAUUCCGCGUAUGGGUAGCAGUUACCUAUCGUUUUAUUUUCCGUAAUAUUCUCUAACAAUUUUUUUCUGGAAUUGGAGUUUAAAUUGAACUGAUAAUUUGAAAUUUUACAGGUUGUUAAUAAUAAAUUAACGUUUAAUGAGACACUAGUUAAUGAAAGCUACUAUAGUCCCUGUGUGCAGGCUGAUUCAGUAUUUCAAGCUAGAUAAUAACUUGAAGUUUCACCGUCUUUACAGCAACGAGACUUGAAUAUUAAUACCAGUUGCUUUGACUUUGCAACAAUUAUUGUUUUCGCUGCUGUACCGUGAAACGUUGUUGACCUUCUAUUUAAAUAAAAAUGGUUAUCUAGAUCAUUAUCAUCUUUAUAUCUUUCUAGUUUGUUAACUUUUAUUUUGUUUCGUAUUAUCUACUUCUUUUAUACAAUCGUCGAUCUUAACCAAACCAUGCUUUGAGGUGAUAGAAUAUUAAUUUCUAAAAAAUAGAUUCUCCUUUUGAAAGUUUUAGUUUUGUUUCAUAUUGUUGUGUCAAAGAAUUAUGGAUUUUCAGAGUUGUUUGCUUUUUCGAUUUGAUGUAAUAAUACGUAUCACUGUUCAGUUAUUAUAAUUAGCUUGUAGUUUAGUUGAAAACUUGGUUUUUGUAUUCUGAAUAUUUUUCCACAUAUCACGUUGAAUUUUCAGGGUUGUUUGCUUUUUAGUUUUGAUGUUACAAUACGUAUCACUGUUCAAUAAUACUUAGCUUGUAGUUUAAUUGAAAACUUGGUUUUAGUAUUUUGAAUAUUUUUUCGUAUUAUAUCAAGUUGGAUACGUUUUGUUUUAUUAACUGGUUAGCAUCACAUUGUUUAAUGUCUUUAACAAUCUGCAAUAGAACCACCAGUAGACUAUUUUACUGUUUUUAAUGAAUCUAUUAGAUUUUAAUUGACCAUUUUUAGUUUUGUUUUAACUACAAAUUAUACUUUAUAGGUUACCAACAGUUUGUAUCAAACUUCAUUACGUGAGUUUGUAGUCAUUUAUUCAGUUCUUUGUUUGAACAAAAUAUUCUGUAACAUUCCAGAUUUUAAAAAUAGAAGUAAGUAGUUUGAAUUCGGGACAAUGCUGUUGUGUAUUGGUUGUAUUAUUUAGGCCUACUCCAACUCAUACCUACAGUUUGUAUCAAACUUCAUUACGUGAGUUUUAAACUAACAAUAUAGCUCUAUGAUUCAUAAUAUGUUCACUACAUAUUCUGUUACCUUCCGAAAUCCUUCAAAUACAGAGGCCCGAAUUCGUACCAAUCAUAUUCUGUAUUCGUUUAUUAUUGUAUAUGAGUGAUUAUAUUAUUUUCUUAAUAA